GUCAUUGUUUAAAUAAAUAAAUAAAUAAAGAUAGUAGCUGCCUUUUAAUCAACGGUUAAAUUGACUUAAAUGCCUAAUAAUCUCCUUACCUUUAUAUCCUAUCUGCCUGUACGAUGCUUCUAUCGUCGUUUAUUAGAGGUAAUUAAAGGCUUAGCCAUCUCAUCCCUGUGGCGCUUUUAACAUCCCGGCUCAUUUGUUUUGCCUUAUUACUUCGUACUAUGACCCUCUCUGUAAGCAUGAUAAAAUCGAGUUGAUAAACAACUUCGGACGCGCGAUGCAUCUACAGGCGAGUUCGGGUGAAGAGGAUGGGUCGCAAGGCGAGAUCACCAAGUUGAAAGUAGCAAACCCCUUACAUUACUUUCCAACCAACAUUUUCGACGCGGCCGGUUCGCUUCAACAUCUCGACCUCUCGGGGACAGGGCUAUCCAGCUUACCAGAAGACUUUGGUCGCCUAAAGAAUCUCAAGAUAGCAUUCUUCUCCGACUGCAACUUCACCGUCUUUCCUAAACAGCUAGCAUCAUGUCCCGAGCUCGAGAUGGUUGCUUUUCGUGGCAACCAGAUGACCAAUGUACCGGAGGAUUCUUUGCCUCCGAAACUUCGCUGGUUGAUCCUGACCAACAAUCGGAUAAGCUCCCUACCUAAAAGCAUCGGGCGGUGUGGACGCCUUCAAAAAUGCAUGCUGGCGGGAAACCAGCUGCGUUGCCUGCCGGACGAGAUGGUCGCAUGUAGGAAGCUCGGCCUAUUACGACUCUCUGCCAAUCGCAUCCAAGAGCUUCCAAAUUGGCUCUUUGACCUACCUGAGCUGGCUUUCCUCUCAUUUGCUGGCAAUCCGUGUUGCUCGUUAAUCGCGACAUCAAAGGAUGUCUGUGACACCACUCCUUUCAGCUCUCUUCCCGAGGUCAGCUGGACAGAUCUUCAUGUUCACAACCUUCUGGGCGAGGGUGCUUCGGGAAUUAUCUCAAAGGGAUUAUGGAACGGGACCGAUCAGGCUCGAGAAGUAGCCAUCAAGUUAUUCAAGGGAGAUGUUACAAGCGAUGGAACGCCUGCCGAUGAGAUGCUGGCGUACAUCACAGCGGGAUCCCACGCCAAUCUCAUAGAUCCUCUGGGGAAGAUUACUGAUCACCCCAAUAAGGAAGGGCUCGUCAUGCAACUUGUCACAACGCGAUACGGAACCCUAGGGCUCCCGCCGUCCUUGCAGAGUUGCACGAGGGACUGUUUCUCGCAGGAGAUCAGUUUAACCACACGGCAGGGCUUGCGAAUCCUUCAGGGCAUCGCUGCCGCAGCGGAACACCUGCACGACCGAGGCGUCGCACACGGUGACAUAUACGCGCAUAACGUGCUCUACGACGAAGGGGGACAUGCGCUCUUAGGCGACUUCGGCGCAGCAUCUAUCUACGGCAAUUUAAACCACAAGAAAAUCGAGCAAGUCGAAGCGCUCGCCUUCGCCCACCUGAUCGAAGACGUCUGGCGAAUCAUCAGGCCCAACUUCGACGAACAAGAGUUGCGAGUCGGUGUGCUGCUCGCGGCUCUGCAUCGUGAGUGUUCGGAUCCAACCGGAGUCAAGCGGCCAAAUUUUAGUGAGAUCACUCGGCAGUUAAGUGCCAUAAAUCAACAGCUGGCGGCUACUACAGUAUGAGGUUGUAAUCACAAAUGUUACGGCGGGCGAAGUGACGGACGUGUUCGGUUGGGUCUUGACGAUCCGAAGGCCGCAAAUCAGGCUCUGAAGAUCGAAGAUUUGCUCAACUCAAGCUGACGAAUGAUGAGAAAGUUGGCCACGGGAUGAGAAUUUCCAUCUGUUAAUCCAUUUUUUUUAUUCCUUCCUUUGUGCCGCUACACGAUGUUGUGCAUACGGCAGGGGUAGGUAGGUAGGUGAUGUUAGGACCAGGAAUAUAAUUCUUCUAGAAGAAGAAAAAAUGCGGUUAGGGGCAAAAAGGAAACCCAACGAGCGACGGCCCAAUGAGAGUCAGAGGAAAUAGGAGAGGUCGGAUAGAUGUUGCUAGAAUCAGUCAUACAUAGACAAACGUAGACAAACGAUAGACUUGAAAGGAAGUUAAAGAUCCGAUAGGUAUGAAAAGUCAUGUCCCUAAUACAACCCCCUAAGAGCCACCUGAUAUCGGAUCAGUAAAGCCAUCAGUAAAGCCGACGCCUCUCGGAAUCGGAGACAGUCUACUAAAGUCCCAACGUCGGUUAUAGGUUGAAAAUUGGAUUCUCAAAGGUUUAUGGUAGUAGAUGACGGAUGGUUGCUACGUGUUGUCUACUAUGGAUAGACGGUGUAAUAAACGUAACAUGGGGAGUUGUCCAACCGCUUCUCACAUGCUCAGUUGCAGGCAUGCGUAAAUUGAACUUACU